GACCUAUAAAUAUCAUCGUGUCUUCCUUGUUCACACAAUUAGGGUUUAUCUCCAACCGCACAACACCAGAUCGCAAUUCCGAAAACCCUUACCAGCAAUCAACAAUGGACAAGAGCAUGUUAGCAGACAUGGAUUCGCUUGGCGAAGCCGAUAAGCAAAGAAUGUCUACCAUGAUCGAUCAGCUCCAAAUCCGUGACAGUCUGAGAAUGUAUAAUUCCCUGGUGGAGAGAUGCUUUACUGAUUGUGUUGACACAUUCAAGCAUAAAUCCCUGCAAAAGCAAGAGGAAAGCUGUGUUCGAAGAUGCGCAGAGAAAUUUCUGAAGCACUCUAUGCGUGUUGGCAUGAGGUUUGCCGAGCUCAACCAAGGAGCUGCAACGCAAGAUUGAUGUCUGUUAACAUUAGAGAACUUUUGAUUUUUUUUGUUUCAUUAUAUUUUUGCUUUUACAAAAUGAGAAAUUGUAGAGACUUCCUUUCUUAGUAGUUGCUAUGAGUGCACAAUAUUUCAUUGCUAAAUAAAUUUGUGAUGUGAUGAUGAUGCAA